UGCGGAAAUUGGGCUUUUAUUUUUAAAAUCCAGUUCACAACUUCCGCUUUUUAGUAUUUGUGUUUGGAACACGGAACAGCCUGAGUUUAGAUCGUCCUGUAUAACUCACAUCGAUCACAAUGGGCGCUUGUAUGGCUUUAUGCUCUUUAGCGAGCUGUGCGUCCUGUCUGUGCGGCUCCGCGCCAUGCCUCCUCUGUGGCUGCUGUCCAUCCUCUAAUAACUCCACCAUCACUCGCCUGGUCUUCUCUAUUUUCCUGCUGCUGGGAACCACGGUGUCUAUAAUAAUGAUCCUUCCGGGAAUGGAGACUCAAUUACGCAAAAUCCCAGGAUUUUGCCAAGGGGGAGCAAGUAUACCAGGCCUUGAAAACCAAGUCAACUGUGAUGUCAUUGUUGGUUACAAGUCCGUCUACCGCAUGUGUUUCGCCAUGACAUGCUUUUUCUUCUUGUUUUGUGCCAUCAUGAUCCGCGUGCGCAGCAGUAAAGACCCUCGAGCAGCUCUUCAGAAUGGGUUCUGGUUCUUCAAGUUUCUCAUUCUAGUUGGGAUAACAGUGGGAGCAUUUUUCAUCCCUGAUGGAACAUUUAACACAGUUUGGUUUUACUUUGGAGCAGUGGGGUCAUUCAUCUUUAUCCUGAUUCAACUAAUUCUCCUCAUUGACUUUGCUCAUUCUUGGAACAAAAUCUGGGUUGAAAAUGCAGAAGAGGGUGAUAACAAAGGCUGGUAUGCAGCCCUGUUGUUUUUUACUGUCCUUAACUAUGCCUUGGCCAUAACUGCGGUGGUACUGUUCUAUGUUUACUACACUCAGCCUGAUGGCUGCACAGAGCACAAGGUCUUCAUCAGUCUCAAUCUCAUCUUCUGCGUCAUCAUUUCUGUUGUGUCCAUCCUGCCCAAGGUUCAGGAGGCCCAGCCACACUCUGGUUUACUUCAAGCUUCAAUCAUUUCUCUCUACACCAUGUAUGUCACCUGGUCUGCUAUGACUAACAACCCAAACCGGAAGUGUAACCCAAGCCUCUUGAGUCUUAUGUCAAAUGUCAGCACAACAGAGACUACUGGAGACAAUCCUGGACAUGUCCAAUGGUGGGAUGCUCAGGGCAUUGUUGGAUUAAUCAUUUUCAUUUUCUGCACUCUCUAUGCCAGUAUCCGUUCGUCUAGUAAUACCCAGGUAAACAAGCUGAUGCAGACUGAGGAGACUGGGGGGUCAGGGGGCGGGGGAGUGGUGGGGGAGGAUGGAGUGCUCAGAGCUGUGGACAACGAGGAGGACGGUGUCACCUACAGCUACAGCUUUUUCCAUUUCCACCUCUGCCUGGCUUCGCUCUACAUCAUGAUGACCCUCACCAACUGGUACCAGCCUGACACUACUACCCAGGCUAUGCAGGACCGUAUGCCUGCAGUGUGGGUGAAGAUCUGCUCCAGUUGGCUGGGACUUGCACUCUACCUCUGGACUCUCAUUGCCCCUCUCAUUUUUCCAGACAGAGAUUUCAGCUGAUGUGACCCAUUUAAAUGCACUUAUGGUACUUACACUAAAAUGAAGGAUGCUGGUGAAUUGUGUUGAUGAAGAAUACAUUUCACAUAUCUUGGGUACUUUGGAAGAUAAUCAAACUGCUUCUGUCAUUUCAUAUAUUAAUGUUAAUAGGUAGUGUAUGCUAGUGUUUUUCAAUGUUUUCUUUUUGUCUUUUUUUUUUGCAUUAGUUAUUGAAUAGCCUUAAUUUGUCAGUGCAAGGAUAAUGUGGUCUUGUUUCAUUGCUUAAGCACUAAUAUGUUACUACUUGUGUACCUACUACAAGAGGUAAAAGUAAAACUUGUAUUCUGAUUGGUUAAGUCUGGAAUUCCCUAAACAGCUAUUUGUGUACACACUCUAGUGGAGGCAGCCUUUUUCAGUGCCCCUUAGAUAUACAAGUGUGGAAGUAAGAUAAGAGCCAAUUGACCCGCCCAUAACUGGGGUUUCUUCACUACAGCAGGGAAUGUAUUAAAAUCAAACAACUUAAAUGCAGUAUCAUUUUUGUACCAACAGCUAUGUCCUACCUGCAGUCCUUAACUUUAUUUACAAUUGGUUGUAUACAGAACGAAAAGUAGUAGGAAAUAGUGAACCCUGUGGACAAUGUCACUUUAUGAUGGUGGUUGUAUUAUUAUUUCAAAAAGGGAAGACAUUUGAAAUUGCUAGUAAAAUGUUUAAAUUAUGCAUUGCUGUAAUAUAAUGUAUUAUAGUUACCUCAAGUUCAUUGAAAAUUGUUAAUUCAAUCAGUACAUGCUGUCCUGAAAUCAUUCAAGAUCCUGUUAUUUUUAGUCUUUCUCAUGAAUUUAGGAUGUUUUAUUUUUUUUUAAUGCAAUAUUAUUUCAUGUCUGACAGAGGAAUGAUAAUUUUUGCCAACACAAUUUUUUGUGAACACUAACAGUGCCUUUUCAGUGCUGUAAUAUUAUUAUCUUGUGAAUUGUCACAAUGUUUGCUAAUUGAUUUUAUAUCAGCUGGUAAAAUUACCGUGUAACCAGAAUUUGCCAGAUGAAAUGGAAUCAUAUUCAUUUACCUUGAAAAAUCUUUAUUAAUAAAAAAUAAGGAUGCUA